AGAAUGCUUCACCUAAGGCGACCUGUCACGUGUUGUUAGAGACGUCCCCAGGCUUCCCCCCUCCUCCAUCCCAGGUGGCCAUCAUUAUUGGCACACAAUGUGACACCCCACUCUCAGUCCCCACACCUGCCUGCCAGGCGCUGAUGAGAUAACCCGCUCCAUCCUUUUCACAAACCUGCACCGCAGCCUCCAUUUGCUCCGACCCGAUUACCCACCAGCCAAGGCAAUUGUUAUUCUACUCGCGCGCGAAGAAUGGGGUGGGCGUGGCUAGCAGGAUGGCUGUGGGCAGGGUCAGAGACUGCAUGUGACUGGUGACGCGAUAGGCCGUUUAGCAACUUGGAACUAGCGUAUCCACACUUACUGUCAAACCGCGGCUUCCCUCACUUCCGCUAUACGAGCGCUCACGAAAAGACCCCCAAGGGAUCUGAGCUUCUGGGAACAGAGACAUCAUGAGUCUACAGUGGACGGCUGUUGCAACCUUUCUGUAUGUGGAAGUGUUUUUAGUGUUGCUGCUGUGCAUUCCCUUCAUUUCCCCCACAAGGGAGAAGUUUCUUUAUUGAGAUUCACUUUGGAUUUAGAAAGAAAAGAUGGAGCUGCCCUUACGAUUUCCUUGAUCUGAAAUCAGUUUCUACAGUGUUCCCCUGCCGGCAUACUCAAGCACGAAGAAGGCAUGCAGCUGGUUAGGCAAAUGAAGAAUUGCAUCUGACCGACUCAUGAUGGACGAGGAGCCACUGACAGAGAGAAUUCUGAAGCAUGCCUUGGAGAUCAUCUAUCUGCUCAAUGGGGAGGUGAUACUUCCACAGCAUCUAGGUCAUUCUGUAAAGGACAGUGCAAUUAAUGAGGACAAGGAGCUACUGAUCAAAGGAAUCUUGACACAUGCUUUGGAGAUCAUUUACCUCCUGACUGGGCAGGUUCCUAUAAAGAGUGGGGACGUUGCUGUCUAUUUCUCUCUGGAGGAGUGGGAGUAUAUUGAUAGACACAAAGCGAUUUACAAGGACACAAUUGUAGAAACAAAUCAAAGAGCAAACCCUUUGGAGACACCUGCAGACUGUUCAACUCUGUGGGACCAAGGCAUAUAUGUAAUUGGCGGUGGAGAAGAGGAUGACCAAAGUCAAACUGAUUUUCACCGAACAUUCUACUCCCAGACCUGUGCCGAUAAUGGCAAGAGAAGAAAUAUAUUAAAUGACCCCCAGGCUUCCACUGAGCCAUCUGGGAUAAUCACACAGGAUAUCAGCAUGUCGCUGGAUUUUAAUGGAAACCUUGCGUCCAUUACUCAAAAUACAUUCGCACAAAAGGUUCAGUAUGCAAAACGCAGCAAAUGCAAGCAAGCAAGGAAAAAAUAUAUUAAAGAACCCCAAGCCAGCAUUCAUCUAUGUAAAGAAUGUGGGGGAAUAUUUCCUUCCAGAUAUUCACUUAUCAUGCACAAGAGAACUUGCAAUGGCCAGAGACCUUUUACAUGCAAUGAGUGUGGAAAGCAAUUCCUUGUUGUUGAGAAGCUAAUGCACCAUCAGAACACUCACACUAAAAAGAAGUCGUAUACUUGCCUCAAGUGUAAGAAGUGCUUUGCUAGUAGGCUGCUCCUGUUUACUCAUAAGAAAGUUCAUAAAGAAGAGAAACCACACGUUUGCAGUGAAUGCAACAAAGGCUUCCAGAAGAGGUCCCUACUGGUUAGACACCAGAGAACCCACACAGGACUAAAGCUCUUCUCCUGCAAUGAGUGUGGCAAACGCUUUACUCAAAGGUCCAAUGUGACAAGACACUACAGAAUACACACAGGAGAGAGGCCGCACAUUUGCUCCGAGUGCGGGAAAUGCUUUGGUCAACUGUCAUGCCUGAAAAACCACCGCCGAACUCAUACAAAAGAGAAGCCGCAUGUUUGUGAAGAGUGUGGGAAAAGCUACACUGACCGGUCAGACUGGUUUAGACACAUAAAAACGCACACUGGAGAGAAACCGUAUCCCUGCCCUGACUGUGGGGCAGGUUUUAUAAGAAGGUCAUCACUGAAGAGACACAGCCGAAUUCACACAGGGGAGAAACCGUUUGCCUGCCCUAUCUGUGCAAAGUGUUUCCCUUAUAAGUCAACACUUCAUUUACACCAAAGAACUCAUACAAAUGAAAGGCCCUACACUUGCACGGAGUGUGAUAAAUGCUUUGCUCAGAGGUCCACUCUGAAUGCACACCAUAGAACCCACACAAAGGAGAAGCCCUACCAGUGCACAGAGUGUGGCAAACGCUUCUCAGAUAAGGGAGUCCUGGUUCGGCAUCACAAAACUCAUACGGGGGAGAAACCAUUUGCCUGCCCGCUGUGUGGGAAAUGCUUCAGCAAUAAAUCUCACAUGAUGAGGCAUCACAAAACACAUGGGAGAUCACGUGGGAGAAAAGCAAGGGCUGCACAAUAACUCAUAAAAAAAAACUAUUUGUCCUAACUAUUUGAGGAACACAAAUUUGUGUAAAAGGCUCAACCUUGUCAUGUUACUGCACAGUUGUGGGAGGAACAUAGCUCCAAAAAAGAAGUAAAUUGGAAUAGGGACUAAGGAACACAAGGCACACUGCUGCCCCAGGCUACUGCUACUUUCUGUUAUACAUGGCAAAGUGUAAUUUAUUUAAUGGCUGCACUAAAUCUAUUUUGUUGUUUUGUUGAUUUUUGCAAUUGAAACUGUAAAACUGAA